AUGUCUAAGUUGAAUCAAAACAGAGAGAUUGUGAUCGUCCUCAGACUCUGCUCGCAGCCCGAAGGACCGAGCACCUCCUCUCCCUGGCUCCUAUCGCCUCCUCUCCCUGGCUCCUAUCGCCUCCUCUCCCUGGCUCCUAUCGCCUCCUCUCCCUGGCUCCUUUCGCCUCCUCUCCCUGGCUCCUAUCGCCUCCUCUCCCUGGCUCCUAUCGCCUCCUCUCCCUGGCUCCUAUCGCCUCCUCUCCCUGGCUCCUAUCGCCUCCUCUCCCUGGCUCCUUUCGCCUCCUCUCCCUGGCUCCUAUCGCCUCCUCUCCCUGGCGCCUAUCGCCUCCUCUCCCUGGCUCCUAUCGCCUCCUCUCCCUGGCUCCUAUCGCCUCCUCUCCCUGGCUCCUAUCACCUCCUCUCCCUGGCCCCUAUCGCCUCCUCUCCCUGGCACCUAUCGCCUCCUCUCCCUGGCUCCUAUCGCCUCCUCUCCCUGGCUCCUAUCGCCUCCUCUCCCUGGCUCCUAUCGCGUCCUCUCCCUGACUCCUAUCGCCUCCUCUCCCUGGCUCCUAUCGCCUCCUCUCCCUGGCGCCUAUUGCCUCCUCUCCCUGGCUCCUAUCGCCUCCUCUCCCUGGCUCCUAUCGCCUCCUCUCCCUGGCGCCUAUUGCCUCCUCUCCCUGGCUCCUAUCGCCUCCUCUCCCUGGCUCCUAUCGCCUCCUCUCCCUGGCUCCUAUCGCCUCCUCUCCCUGGCUCCUAUCGCCUCCUCUCCCUGGCUCCUAUCGCCUCCUCUCCCUGGCCCCUAUCGCCUCCUCUCCCUGGCGCCUAUCGCCUCCUCUCCCUGGCCCCUAUCGCAUCCUCUCCCUGGCCUCUAUCGCCUCCUCUCCCUGGCCCCUAUCGCCUCCUCUCCCUGGCUCCUAUCGCCUCCUCUCCCUGGCUCCUAUCGCCUCCUCUCCCUGGCCCCUAUCGCCUCCUCUCCCUGGCCUCUAUCGCCUCCUCUCCCUGGCUCCUAUCGCCUCCUCUCCCUGGCUCCUAUCGCCUCCUCUCCCUGGCCCCUAUCGCCUCCUCUCCCUGGCUCCUAUCGCCUCCUCUCCCUGGCUCCUAUCGCCUCCUCUCCCUGGCCCCUAUCGCCUCCUCUCCCUGGCCUCUAUCGCCUCCCUCUCCCUGGCUCCUAUCGCCUCCUCUCCCUGGCUCCUAUCGCCUCCUCUCCCUGGCCCUAUUUAAGAAAAUAAAUCUGGCAACAACAACAACAAAAAACAGCAAACGGCAAAUUGGAAACGUCUUCACAGAGCAGCAGUGUGCACCUCCUCUGUCCGCCACCAGGUGGGGGUGUGCACCUCCUCUGUCCGCCACCAGGUGGGGGUGUGCACCUCCUCUGUCCGCCACCAGGUGGGGGUGUGCACCUCCUCUGUCCGCCACCAGGUGGGGGUGUGCACCUCCUCUGUCCGCCACCAGGUGGGGGUAUGCACCUCCUCUGCAUACUCAUUUUGCUGUGAGUUUAUUCCAGAUCGUGUGA